CGCGAAACAUUUUUAGAAUGUGUUACGGAACACGCACGACUAUCGUGACAGAAAAUUGAGUCAGUUCCGCAAGCAGACCGCGAAAGAAGUCCCCGUCUCUGUUCCGUUUAGAAUUACAAAUUAUCUUCGUAUAUAAUGGCGUCCGCGAAGAGAAAGCAAGACGAGAAGAAUUUAAAAAUAUUACGCGAGCUGGUCUCGCAACCCGGUAAUAAAGAAUGUUUCGACUGCCAUCAGCGAGGCCCAACUUACGUCAACAUGACAAUCGGUUCAUUCGUCUGUACCUCUUGUUCUGGUAUAUUGCGGGGCUUGACACCACCACAUAGAGUAAAAUCUAUUUCUAUGGCAACAUUUACACAAGAGGAAAUAGAUUUUAUAAGGGAACGUGGUAACGAAUACUGCAGGAGGAUAUGGUUGGGCUUGAUGAAUCCAAAUUCCUCUCAGACUUUGGACACAAAAGACGAGCAAAAGAUGAAAGAUCUAAUGAGCGCAAAAUACGAACUUAAGAGAUACUAUUUGGAUCCGUCCAUGGCAAAUCAAAAGUCACAAUUGUCAAAUCAAACAAACAUUCCAAGGGUUCCGCAUUCUGGGAUUUCUACUUUGUCUCCUAUUUCAACUCAGAAAAUAAACAAUUCUGAGUCGGUUAAUUCUAACAAUUUUUCGACAGAUUUUGUAGCUGAUUUCAGCAAAGUUCCUGAUCCAUUUAUUGCUACCGCAACGCCUACAAACAAACUCAGUCAACCGAUUGUACCUCAACCAUUUUUUGCCAAUUUUGACAACAAUCCUAUUUUUAAUAGUCCAAAAAACACAAACGCUGAAUCGUCAAGUCCAUUUAAUCAGACUACUGGAAAUUGUAUGAAUACAACUAACAUAAAUGGAGCAUAUAUGCCACCAUCGGAAGAUCGCUAUGCGGCACUGAAGGACUUAGACUCUUUAAUGAAACAAACGCAACUGAAAGAUGAAACCCCAACAAUAAAUACAUCUACAUGGAAUGCUAAUAAUGCUUCGAAUUCAAUUUGGAGCGUAGGGAAUCAAACUACGCACGUAAUUUCAAAUCCUUUUGCAACUAGUGAUAUAUGGCAACCAUCGGCCAACGUAGUCAAUAAUAAUAUGCAGUCAAUCGAUACCUCUCUAUGUAAUCCUAUUAAUCCAUUUAAGCCAGUACAGUUUCCUAUAAAUAAUGACCCUCAAUGGGUAGGUAUUGGACCAUCUGGCAACAGAGAUGUAAUACAGUUUAGUCAGUUAAUGACGAACAAAGUAUGGCAACCCACUCUUCCAGCAUAUCAUGCAAAUCCUUUUAUGGUUGAUUCUGGCUUAAGCAACAUGACAAGAAAUUCGAACAAUCCUUUCUUAUGAUUAAGUAAGCAUAAGUUUUUAAUGGAGUUACGAACAAAUAAUGCAGACCUAAAAUAUGUUUAGAUUAGGGCAAUUGUUUAUAUAUGUGACCUUAUUGGCAAUUAGUGCCAUUAAUUUUUAUUCCCAGGAGCACCAAUCUCUUAUUCAUAUAACUAAAAUAAUACUUUUAUUUAUGAAUAUAUAAUAUA